UCGGCUAUAAAAAGGGCGGCGCGCGGUUCUCGCGGCGCUGGAGAAGCUCGAGGCUGAGGGCUGCCGGGGGUCCGGGAGCGACCGGGACGCUGGGCCGCGGGCGCCUCAGCGAUGUUUUACUCAGGACUCCUCACCGAGGGCGGCCGCAAGGAGACGGACAGGCGGGAGGGGGCGUCGCUGCGGCAGCAGCGCCGGAUGAAGCAGGCCGUGCAGUUCAUCCACAAGGACUCGGCCGACCUGCUGCCCUUGGACGGCCUCAAGAAGCUGGGCUCGUCCAAGGACACGCAACCUCAUAACAUUCUGCAGAGGCGCCUCAUGGAAACCAACCUGUCAAAGCUCCGAAGCAGUCGUGUCCCUUGGGCCUCCAAGACCAACAAACUCAAUCAUGCCAAGUCUGAGGGGCUAAAGAAGUCUGAGGUUGAUGACAUGAUUUUGGUUUCUUGCCAGUGUGCUGGAAAGGAUGUGAAAGCCUUGGUUGACACAGGCUGUCAAUAUAAUCUCAUCUCUUCAGCCUGUGUGGACAGACUGGGACUCAAGGAGCAUGUCAGAUCUCACAAGCAUGAAGGAGAGAAGCUUUCUCUACCCCGACAUCUGAAAGUAGUGGGCCAGAUUGAGCACCUAGUGAUCACUCUGGGCUCCCUCCAUCUGGACUGCCCAGCAGCCGUGGUUGAGGACAAUGAGAAAAACUUGUCCCUUGGUCUCCAGACUCUCCGAUCCCUGAAGUGCAUCAUAAACUUGGAUAAGCACCGGCUGAUCAUGGGGAAGACAGACAAGCAAGAAAUCCCUUUUGAGGAGACAGUUUCCUUGAAUGAAGACAACACUUCAGAAGCAUAACUACAGCCUGCAGCAUGUCUGCACGUGUGCACACAUACCAGGUUGACAGAUUAAGAAAACUGGGUUUGAACCAAAUGCAGUAGCAACUUGCUUUGGACCAAGUCCUCCCCUCUAAUAGAAGCUCCAGGGGGUCCUUCCCACCCAGACCUCUCUAGACUUUAGUCUGUGCUUAGAGAUCUUGUCUGGUUAUAGCCGUUGUUUUUUACUCCUUUGAUCACUUAAUUUAUAGACCUUUUUGACACUGCCAGGUCCCACUUGUGGCCUAUUUCUCUGCUUCUUCAAGGAAAUUGCUUUUAUUAGUCAAGUAUAGGGGCUGCUAGGUUCUAUUUCUCCAUAGAUACACUUGCUUCUUUUCCUGUAGUUAAAGUGUAUAAUGAACAGGAAUCUGACCUUUACCUCCUUUCAGCUAUUUCAAAGAGAUACAGGGUACCUAUGGCUCAGAAUUCGAAUUUCUUCUAAUUCUUUCAUUGAUUUCUCAAGUAUGAAUUAAUCUGAAAGAGCCCAGAGAAAUCAUCUAGUCCAACCCUUUCAUUUAAAGGUCUGGAGAGUCCAUUGGACUCUCCAGUCUGGAGAGUCCAUUGUCUAAGCUCAUAUACUGAGUUGGUGGCAGAGGGGACCUAGAAUUCAGAGCUGACAAGCCAAGGCCAAGGCCAUGUUCAUUCUCAUUUGUUGCGUCAAGCCUCGAGAGGAGGAUGAAGAGGUGAGGAUUUGUAAAAAGGCAGGGUAGGGGAAGGCUAUGCUUUGAGGAUGGAUGCCAGAGGAUCUGGGAAGCCCUCCCUCCUGUGUGCUAAGCCCACUAGAAGUCCCCUGACCCAGACUGUCACAUUUAGGUGCUUAUCUUGGUGCCUAAAAGCCAUGGGUAUAAAGAUGAAUGAGGUGGCUUCUCACCUUGAACGUCUUGGAGGGUAGGAGGAGGAAGGACUCACAGACAGAAAAACAUUAACCACUCUCUGAGAUGGAAUUGAAGGCUUCAGUAAAUAAUCUGGGCAUCAUUGUCAGGUGUUGAUAACCCCAAGAUCCAGUCAGUGUUUCUGUCUAGCCUGUUAUUUGUCUGCAUCAGACUCAAGUAGCUGGGAACAGGAGUGGGGAAAGGAGAUGAAAAAACCCAGAGCAGGUCCAAAAUAGAAGGAUAGAAUCAGUUGGUGGGAAAGCCUACCUAGGGAAACAUUUCUGGGAUGGGGGCGAGGAAUGAAACUUCCUGGCAGGGAAUUGAUGGUUGGGAAGCUCUUCAGUUCUGUCCUGGAAUAAGGAAAGAGGCAGGGCAGGAGCCUGCCCAAGAGUUCACAACAAUUUUUUCUGACUCCUCAGUAUUUCCUGACCCCUCUCAAAAAGGUCAUGGGGUUUCUUGAAGCCUUUCUGUUGAGGUGUCAGUUGGGCACAUAGAUACCUGUAAUGGAAUCUCCCCUUCAGUUUGGUCAGAGAUGUGCUCAGAGAAGUCAGAAAAAUAGCCAGCUGUGGGUGUCCCUUUAAGAGAUUCCCAAGUCUACCCUUGGUUCAUAGCAGCAGUUCCUAGAGUAUUUAAUGAUCCUACUUCAAACUUUGCCAGAUCCCACCAACAAUCUUGUCUAGCGUUAAGCUACUGUCUUUAUCAAACAGUUUUUUGGAACUCUGUUUUCAGCUUUUCAGAAGCUCCCUAAAGACUAGGAACUUGGUGACGUGACCCCCAUUUGAACAGCUAGGCAGCCAUACUGUAGCCAGUUGUCACUGCGUCACCCCCAGGCCCUUCUUAUCAGCCUCUACAGAGAAAGCAAGAUGGAAAACUAAGCACAGCCACAGUAGGAGAGGCCACAUCUGAAGCUCAGCAGAGGUGAUCCCAUGUUACCAGCCUUCAGUGCCCCCUCAAACUACCCCCAUUUUCUUACAUGGGGGCACCUGCACCUUUCCAUUGAGGCCUCUCCACUCUGCUCCCUUACCUAUCAUGGAACCACUUUGGCCUGCUUCUCAUCCUAGGACUGAGUUGAAAUACUUCACCUUUUCCCUAGUUGAAAGUUCCACUCUGAGCCUUGAUUCUUGGCCACAAGUGAGGCAUGUUAGAAGUUCCUUGGCCUGGUUUAUCCUUAUUUAGAUUCCCUGUGGACCAAGUGAGGCCAGGAAUUCUCAGGUGCUAGAAAGAUGCCACUGAUUUUGACCCUUGGAGUUCAGGAUUAUAUAGCAUCAGGGGGUUGAUCAGGUGGCCUUUAGUGAUCUUUCUGGCCUCUGAAAAUCAGUCAGUGACGUCCCAGUUUUGGAAUAGAGACAGUUGGGGUGAUCUGAGCUUAUGGUAUCAUAAUCUCACUCCAUGCAGUCAGACCAUUUGAAUUCACUAACCAAAUAAUUGUGCUUUAAACCUCAGGCUUGAUAGAGGUACCUAAAGUUGUCUAAAGAUAAUUAUAGGAAGUCUUGAGCUUCAUUAAUUUUCUUUAAAUGCUUCCAGGUUGAUUACUCUGAUAGCCCAUAUCUCCUUGAUAUUCAUGAGGAAGCACUGGUCCACUUUUCUGAGGCUGGCUAGCUAAGCAGGGAAGGUCAUUUCUUCCCAGAAUCCUAGAAAAUUCUCUCUGGUACCUCUGAUUGAGGGUGUGGGAAGAGAGUGUCUACUCAGGUCACCGUUCUGAAGACAGGUGGUAGCAAGAAGUAACCCUGUAGAACUGUAUCCCUCUCAUUCCUUAUUAGAUGUCCAAAUAAAAUACAGGGAGUUUGAAAAAUAUUGUCUUUGUCGUUUGGUAUUUCUGUGCCUGACUUAUUUGAGGAAAAAAUGUUUUCUGACUUUUCUAUUUCCUUGCCCUGCACAGACCCCACCUGUUAAGAUUUUCUAUUCCUUAGCUCAAAGUGUCUAUAGAUGGGUUGCUUGGUAUGUCAGCUGCCCUUACUCUUGUAUAAUAGAAAUAUCUUUCCAGGCUGGGCACAUGGAGGAGACGAACUGGAUUCCUCCCUCCUUCUGUUGCCAGGCCUCUGCAUUGGCACUUUAUCUGCUCAGUGUUCGUGACUGUGUUGAGUUUAUUUGUGAGAUUAAUGUAACAAUAAAGUGAAAUCUUCCCCUCUG